GGAGUGCAGGGGUGUGAGGAGAAAAGGCUCAGGCUGACCAGGGGCAGGCAGAGGCAGGGAGAGGGGCCUGGUCAGUGGUCUAUGACAUCACCUUGCCUGCUGCUGCCUUCAGAAGAUUUCACAAUGCAAGGGAGGAGAUGAGGAUGCGCUCCUCCCUGCCCCAGAAAGCUCCCAGAAUACUCACCUGUUCUGGAUUCCCCCAAAGAGGAGGCUAGAGGGUGCCCGAGGAGAGAUCUCUGAUCCAGCUCCCUGACCCAGAGCCCAGUAAGACCCAAGAAUCCUUCUCUUGCUGCUUCCCUUGGAAGCUCUUUAUAGCACGGAACCAGUCUCUCGGCCCCAUUUGUCUCUUCUGAUCUCGGCAAGACAUCACCUCCUCUUGAAAGCCUUCCCUGAUUUCUCUUCCUUCUCUCUACCACAUGGUGGUGGCCAUGAAGGGGGAUGUCUGCCUUCCUGGGGAAGUUUAUAUUUACAUCAAGUGAAAUGCAAGAUUUCGAAGAAAACAACGUAUAGAGAAAGUGUGCCAACUGAUAACCGGGGAGAAUGUGCAUCUCAUGUAUUGCCAAUGCUAAGAGAGGUUAUCAGGACAUCUUCCUCAAUGGGAGUCAGAAGCAGAAAUCUCACACUUUCCAGCAAGCCACCAGCUCUCACAUCAGGAGUGCAGCCAUGGUAGGACCUGCAUCCACGCGUUCUUCCAACCAGCCUGCUUUGAGCAAGCUCAAAAGAAACAUGAUGCUCCAGACCAUAGAGAAGAAAAGACAAGUCCAUUUAACCAAGGCCAAGAAAAGACAUCAUGAGAGAACUGCACCUCCUACAAGGCUGACCAGUUGCAUUUUUAAAAGACCAGUCACAAGCAUAACUUCUCAUCCUGGCAAUGAGGUCAGGUAUAAUCAAUGGGACAGGACCUUGGAGAAGCCCCAGCAAAUCUCUGCAUACAGCAGACUGCAGGGACUCCAAGCCCACAGCAGUGAAGGAGAACUUUUAAGUACUUUGGACUUCAUAAGUACCUCACAAGUCAUUGCACUAGGCAGUGCGGAUGUAGGGUCUCUACCUAGUGGCCCUGGGCCCAGCAUGGUACCAUUUUGGGCAGGGAUGGUCCCAGGAGCGGGUCUCCAUCUCCCACCACCCAUCUGCAGACAGCAAGUAACACCUGGAGAUAUCCGGAGGCAGACUUGGAAAGUGAAAAAAUCAAGAGAGAGACUGGCUAAGGCCUUGAGGGCAGACAGGCUUGCCAGGGAGGUGGAGAGAGCCAGAAGCCAAGAGGAACGUUCUGACAACUAGAGGAAAUGUUGGAAAAGGUUGUGUGUGGGAAGGAUCCAGUAAGGCACUUCACUGUGAGACGGCCCCCAGUUUCACUUCCCGUCACGAUGUCAAUCUUGUCUCUUGCUCUAUACCACUGUGCUUUGUUACAUCAAAAUGGUACUUCAUUAAACUCUUGAGAGACAAGGUUGUGAAAGAGUAGAGUGGUGGUUUUGUGGGUAAGAGAUUGGAUUUCAUGUGGAAUAAGUCAGAGAAACAGAGAUU